UUUACCGGAGAAGAAAAUAAACAAAACAUUUUUAAUUCCUCGCCGCGAUACAUGUUUUUUUUCUAUUUCCUAUAUUAAAUUUUCGUGGAUUUCUUGUGAUUUCUAGUGAGAUUAAGUGGUUAUUGAUACAAUAAUCAAAUCAGCUAAAACAAGAUGACGGCACUAAAGCUGGAUUUGGACGAUCUACUAUCGGACAUUAAUUCACUCAAGAUAUCCGCACUGAGUAACGCAGCACGGGUUUCCCCGCAAGUUCGCGGGCGGACAAUUGGUCCCGGGUGUCGACGUUUCAGCGCCGAUCAGCAAGAGCACGAACGAAACGAGUCAACUAUUCUGAGCGAGCGGAAUCCGAAUGGGCACUUCGUAGAAGUGGCCGGUAGGUUCGCUCCCGAUCUCAAGGUGUCGAUAUCGAACCGCUCGGAUGUGGGCAAAGGAGGAACGCCGAUUUCGCGGAAAGUGGACAUCAGCGAUUGCGGUGCGAUCUCGUCCCAAAGGUACCACCAGGAACUGGAACGAAAGCGUAUAAGAGAGAUGAAACAGGAAUUGGAACGCAGGCAGGCCAGGAUUCGGGAAGCGGAUCGCGUUAGAGGAUUACAGCUGGAGGAGAGGAUUAAGAAGGCUGAAAGUGAAGCGGCCCGGAAAGCUCAGGAGGCAGAACAGAAACUUAUGGAAGCUAUACGCGAACAAGAGCGUAUUGCGAUGGAAUUUGAGCAGAGACGGAGGGCUGAAAUCGACGAGGAGAACCGUCGUUUGGCGGAGGUAUCGCAGCAGCUAAAGAAGAAAGAGGAAGAAGUCAAAAAGAGACACGCUAUGUUCGAAGCGAUUCGGGGAAGCCACACUAACUUCCGCAAAAUGACAGACGUAUUUACGAAGACGCUGAUGGGAAUUGACAUUGAAUUCUCAGUUCAAUUCAAUGCUCAGAAAAAGACAGUUCAAGGUUUGAUAAAGUCGUUUGAUCAGCUUCUUCAAGGGGUUUUCUCAGCUCGAGAGGUUGUGCAGCAUGAAGUAGAUAAAGCGGCCGAAUUAUGCAAAUCGAUGGAUCAGGCCAAUGCUGAGGUUGUUGAGAUAAUGAAUCGUAUCCAGAAAGAAAUUGCUGAUCGCCUCCAGAAGGAAGAGCAACAAAAACAGUCUCAGCAGAAGGUUGCAGAAGUGGCUCCUCAACCUGCACAGGACACAACUGAUACUAAUCAAUCAAAGGCUGCUCAACCAACAGUAUCUAAUCAGCCCGAUCCACUGGCAGCAUUUGCAUCCACGGAAAGCCGUGCGUUCUACAGAGAAAUAAAGACAUUUUACGAACAGCAUCAGGCUGCAGUCAAGGUACUGCUGGACGAUCCUUCGAUGAAAGCCUAUCGCUUCAAUUGCUCGAAGGUGAUCAACACUCCGGUGAAUACAAUUUCGGCCGUCAGCCGAGAGCAUCUAGUCGACAAGUUCAACAAGUUGGACGCUUUUCUAUCGGGUCAACCAGCAAAAACCGGAGAUGUGUCGGUUUCCAUCAACGGGCAUCCACUCGGGAGGACCUAUUGUACGAUGCUGUUGGCGAAGAAAUUUGUUGGCCAAGCAGAUACUAUGAUCAGUAGCAACGCACCAGCGGCUUUUCCCAUCGCAACCAUCGUCGUUGGACUUUGGCAAAAGUACCCGGAGUUCGGAAAGUUUUUCCUGGCUUAUCUCCACAAGGAAUGUCCCUAUUUGGUUCCCUACUUUCUGCCACAACUGGAGGGACAAUCGCAGGAAGAGUACCUCAAAUCCAUCGGCUAUCGCUUUACGGAAAAUGUGCUUGAAAAGCAGGAUCAGUAUCUGAAACGAAUGACCGGUAUGGCGCGCUUGUAUGCUGCCAUUGUAGUGUCCAGCCCGAGACGUGGCGAGGCGUCCGCACAUCCGCACGGAUUGGAGUGCGGAUGGCGCUGGUUUUGCAACAUGCUCAAUCUGAGCCCUCUGCCAGAUAUCUGCGCAACGGUGAUCACUGAAUUCCUGCAGACGGCGGGUGGCUCUUUGUGGGCCAUCUAUGGUAAGCAAUUUGUCAAAGUACUGAAGGUGGUACAGGAGCAGUAUCUGCCAGCGUUGAACAAGGUGGACGAAGGAGGCCCGAAGACACGCCUGGAGGGCCUGAUUGCGAAGAUCACCUCGGAAGGGAAGAUCGAUCGGCCAGAAGGGAUGCUCGGUCCUGAUUUCUGGUGAGCUAAUGUUGUGUUAUUGGUGUCCGAACUGAUGUUUUCUUGUUAAGACUCGCCUAGUUAUUAGUUGGAAAGAAUCCAUAUAACUGAUUGCCAACAUUUGCACAUUUGUUAUAAUUCUUCAAAAUAAUAAAGUGUUGGUUCAAUGAAAAAUUAAAAAAAAAAUAAGAAAA